AUGACGGGUUAUUCCGACGUUACUUCCACCGCGUCCCAGAGUCCGGCCCGUCGUAGAGCCACUAGGAUCUUCAUUUCUUCUUCAUCCUCGUCCUCAUCUUCGCCUUCACCUUCUCCUCCUCCUCCUUCUUCCUCUUCUGCUUCUAACCCGAACCUGCUUGACCCCAUAAACAUUAUGAGUUCUUCUUCCGACCGUUCUCCUUCUGCCCAUUCCCCUUCAGCCCGGGAGCUGGAGGAGGCGAUCGAGCUCGAUGCCUACCUCGAGCGGCGGGCCGGCUCCGCCCCCUCCCCCAAGUCCCCCCAUGACUCUCCUGGCGGGCCCCAGGGAGGAGCUGGAGAGGAUAGGGACUCCUCCGAGGGCACCCCUGGCCCUAAGCAGGGGGAUGAUCCCGAAUUUAGCUACGGCUACCCCGACCACGAGGAGGUCACCAUCUCGCCGGAGGCGGUGGCCGAGUUGGUUAGGUCCUACUCUAUCCCCUCGGCCUUUGAGCCAAGGGCUGCCGGGCCCGACGACCGGGCUAGCCGUCCCCCCCCGGUUUCAUAG